CAGAACAAACAGCUGAUCCAGCUCGGUCACUUUUUUAUCAAAACAAGAUGAAAAAUCUACUUUUGCUGCUUCUCUUGUGUCACGUGUCAUCAUCAGUAAAACACUCCCUGAAGUUUUGUGUAACUACAUCUUCUGGAGUCCCAGACUUCCCACAGCUUGUGGCUGUUGCAGUGGUUGAUGACCUUUUGGUGGGUUACUGUGACACCGAUAUAAAGAUAAUACAACUAAAACAGGACUGGGUGAAAACAGCAUUAGAAAACGAUCCACAGCAGUUGGAGUGGUACACUCAAGAUUGUUUUGCGAUCCUGCCACACGCCUACAAAGCCAUAAUGGACAACUUGAAGCAGCGCUUCAACCAAAGUGGAGGUAUCCACAUUUUCCAGAUGAUGAGUGGCUGUGAGUGGGAUGAUGAGACUGGAGAGGUUAAGGGUUUUAUGCAGUAUGGUUAUGAUGGAGAAGACUUCAUAUCAUUGGACCUGAAGACGCUGACAUGGAUCGCUCCGAAACCACAGGCUGUCAUCACCAAACUGACAUGGGAUGCUGACAAAGUCAGACUAAAACACCAUGAAAACUACUUCACAUACAUUUGUCCUGAGUGGCUGAAGGUUUAUGUGGCCUUUGGGAAAAGCUCUCUGCAGAGAAAAGACCUUCCCUCAGUGUCUCUCCUCCAGAAGUCUCCCUCCUCUCCAGUCAGCUGCCACGCUACAGGUUUCUACCCAAACAGCACUAGGAUGUUCUGGAGGAAAGAUGGAGAGGAGAUUCAUGAGGACGUGGAGCUCGGAGAGAUCCUCCCCAACCACGAUGGAUCCUUCCAGAUGAGUGUUGACCUGAACCUUUCAUCAGUCCCACCUGAAGACUGGAGGAGGUACGACUGUGUGUUUCAUCUCUCUGGUGUGAAGGACCACAUCGUCACCAAACUGGACAAAGCAGUGAUCAGGACCAACAUGAAGAAGCCCAGUGACAUCAUCGUCCCCAUCACUGCAGCAGUGGUUGUUCUCGUCCUCAUCGCUGCCUCUGGAUUCAUCGUUUACAAAAAGUGGAAAGAUGCACUUCUGAAGUAUUUGUGCCCCACCUCUGCAAAUCCUGGGCCUACUAAUGUAACUGCAGCCACCUCACCCACCUCAGCACCAAGUGAUGCAGCCUCAAGUCCAUCUCCCUCCCACACACAAACUGCCAGUGGAGAAAUAAGAUCACAUUCUCCGACCUCAGCGCAGCCUGCCAGUGGAGAAACAGCUCCUGACGGCAGCUCUGAGCUCUCUGAGGAACUCAAUCCAGAACCCUGGUCAACUGUAACAGUAUAUAGCCUAAGAAUAGAUAAGAAUUUACAGGUUUCUGUAAACAUGUAGAGACUGAAUACAGUACUAAAAAUCACCUCUUGUGGUGGAUUAGACAGGACAGGGGAAGAGACAUGAUUCAUGAAAAGUUUACCACUGGGGUUGCUAACUAGUAGCUACUGGUAAUGUGGGAUUUAUACUUUUGCGCUGAAUCCCCGCUGUAUGUAUGGUAGAGCCUACGCUGUACCCUACCCAGUAGCCUGAUGCGUAUGUAGUGGGUCCCAGCUCGAUCUCCACUGGCAGAUAUAUAGAUAAUCCUCUGAUAGGAGUGCCCUGGAAAUAUUGGAAAUAUUUAACAGAAAUCAGUGAAGCAGGACACAGGUGCUCAUUCUCCAUUCAUCCGGAUUAUAUUUUUAUUUUCAUAUUCAUUUCAACUUUUUAACUGCAAUCAUGGAUUAUUUUCUGUUAUUUUGUCUGCUGUACAUUAAAGCACCAAAUACCCAUAUUUGGAUUACAUGAAACCAUAUGUUCUUUAAAUGUCUGUUUACACAUAAAUGUCUCCCUUUACAUAUUUUCCAAAAAUAAA